AGUAAAGUGUGAGUCAGAAAGCCGCGUAUCGCGACAAAGCUAGGGGAGGCCGUAGUCCGACUGCAAGGUCUGUACCGCACCAGCCAACGACAGAGUAGUCGAAGUUGAGUUUGAGUCAGUGACGGGUUGUGUCUCUCUAGUGACGUAGCGAAUAGUUUUCUUUCCCCCCGUUGUGUUCAAAAAUGAGCUGGCAGGAUUACGUUGACAAGCAAUUGCUCGCUUCGAGAUGUGUUACGAAAGCAGCUAUAGCUGGACACGAUGGAAAUCUAUGGGCGAAAUCGGAAGGUUUUGAAGUGAGUAAAGACGAGCUGCUCAGGCUGGUUCAGGGCUUUGACAAACAAGACAUUUUGACGUCAUCGGGUGUUACCUUGGCGGGCAACAGAUAUAUCUACUUGUCCGGUACGGACCGGGUGAUCAGGGCGAAAUUGAACAAGGUCGGUGUCCACUGCAUGAAGACGACGCAGGCGGUUGUAGUUUCGCUAUAUGAAGAUCCAAUCCAGCCGCAACAAGCUGCCUCAGUCGUCGAGAAACUUGGCGACUACCUGGUGUCCUGUGGCUAUUAGUAACCUCUGGGACCCCAACAAAAUAUCUAAUAUUAAUAAUAAUGAUACGGUCGAUUAUUUUAAUGACAGUGAAUGAGAUGCGCCAAAAGCCGUAUGGUCCGCCACGAGACUGCUGCCCAGUCUGCCUCUUGAUGUGACGAACAAACAGCGAGAAAAACAGCGCGAGAAAGGGAAAAAAAAAUCUAAGAAGAAAAAGAAGAAAAAUGAGUAGGAAAAAAGAUGCUGCAUUACGAACUGAUAGCCAAAAUAAUAAUAUUAAUAUUAAUAAUAAUAAUAAUGAUGAUGAUGGAAAAAAAGUUUUUAAUAAAUAAAUGAUAAAAAAAAAAAUAUGUAGAAUAAAAGAAAAUGCAUCGCGAGUAAUUUGCGUUAGCGAGUAAUUACAUUUUGGAGAAAUAUUGACGUACGCAAGCACACACGUGUCCGCGUCUGCUGCGGUAUUCGGUGAUUACUGUAGAAAACGUUAGGAGAAGAAGAGUCGAAGUCCCGAAAUGGAAAGAGUAAAGAAAAAAUUAAAUGAAAUGAAUAUGAAUAUCGUGUUAAGCUUGCCCUUGUUUGUAUACUCCACACCCCGACACAUCCGGAUCAAAUGUCAAGCAGCAAAAGUUUAUACAUACCUAUAUAACAACACACGUAUAAAUGAAUAAAUAAAUAAAUGUAUACUGAAACAGAAGAACUAACAAGAACAGAAAUCAAUUUACCAUCACUGCAAUAAUAUUGCGACAGAAUAUGAUGAGACACACACGACUGAUUAACCGUAACCCCUUUCCCCAUCCGGCCUCUUCGUAUUAUACACGUAUAAGGUGGCAAAUAAUAAUAUCCACAGGUUUAUACACGAAACUCGUAACUUUACACGUGUAAGCGGCGCUUGUUUGUUGCUUUUCAUUAUAUAUAUAUAUAUAUAUAUAUACGCGUACGAAUGAAGUUUAAAUGCACAACGCAGAGACGAGAGAAAAGUUCUGCAAUAUACAAAUCUCCAUUGCCGAGAGACAUGUGCGCACUUACUUAAAAUCCAUACUCCGAAUUUCAUUCGUCUACUCCAUCAUUAAAUAAAGUAACUAACAAUCGCAUACAGCUAAAUCAUCAAUUUUACACCGCCUGUAUUUUGUGCGUACGGCGCUUUUUUGCUAACCACAUACACACACCUUAAUUAUAAACCUAAUAAUAACAAUAAUGAUAAGUUAAUGAUGAUAAUAAUAACAGUAAUAACGACGAUAUUGAAUAAUGGUAAUAAUAAUAAUAAUAAUAAUGUAUUGCAGUCAGUCCGAUAGAGUAGAGGAUACGGGAAGAGAGAAAGAGAGAGCGAAUGUAAAGUGAAUCGGGCGACUCGGUUAAAGGUACGUCCAAUCCUGAAUCCGUUUCCGCCGUUUCAUCACCAAUAUCAUCUGUUCCUCUCCUUCGAUGGUUUAAUCAUAUUUGUUUAUUUAUUUUUUUUUUUUUUUUUGGGUAAGCGCUUUCGGAUGCUUCAAAGUGAUUAUUACUAUCAUUAUUAUUAUUAUUAUUAAUAAUAAUUUUGAUUUUAUUACUACUAUUAUGAUCGAUAUUUUAUAAUUAUUCCAUUAUUAUCAUUAUUAAGAAGGUUACAGAUAUGCUUGUGCGAUGGUUCUUUUAAUAUAUACAAUAGAAUGAAUUUCACCAAGAGCGUUAUCGCGGCGCGGUAAGAGAGGAUGUUGCGCAACGGGGAUAAGCUUUGCGUGUGAUUGUGGUUAUUUUUGUUAUUUAUAACUUUUAAUUUUAAUUUUUAAUCUUUAACUUUCAACUUUUCUUUAAAUGUUCAAUUUUAUAUAGAUGAAAGAAAAGUAGAAGGAAAGAAAUGAACAAAACUGACAAUAUGAGGCAGAAAUUUAAAAAGGAAACUGUUAAUUAUCAAACGAAAGAAAAGUGUCAAAGAGCUGCGCGCUAUCCGAUCGUGUCACGUGUGCGUAUGUAUGUGCAUCCAGAGCGUCUUGUGUGGUCUUAAGAAAGGGUGGCGCGAAACAAGAUAGACUGCGGAGAUAUUUUAAAAUCUGCGCCGAGCGUGUAAUAAAACAAUGCUUAUACGUAUCCACGCUUUGAUGUAGGGUUGCGAAUGAGAAGCGAUCGGACAUAAGAGAAAUUACGUCUUCGGAGUAAAGGGUAAGGGCAGGGAAGGCGAGCGAGCUUAUUUUUAAGCUUGUUCGGAAAAUCAAUAAGUAUAUUAUUAUUCUCAAAUGCUGAAAUGAAAAUAAUUUCACAUGUAUAACUUUUUUCACCCUAACCCUUGCAGCUUCGCUAAACCUCUCUUCACGCCUGCAAUGCUUUGUUCUUUCUCUUCUCCUUUCUUCUUUUCUCCGUUUAUUUCGUUCUUUCUUUCCCUCGAGCUGAACACGUAGUAGGGGGUUUUGGUAUGUUAUAUACAUAUAUUGUAAUAAUAAUAAUAACAAUAAUAAUAAUUGAUUAUAAAUAUACGAAUCAUUAUGUAUGUAUAACAUUGCCUCACUGCACUCUGUUUGUUUGAUACGGUAAGCAAGAGAAGCAGCAGUACAUUAGCGGUGAGAAAAAUGAAAAAUGAAAAAAAAAAGGAAUAACAUCAAAGCAGCAGCAGCAGCA